AUGGAGGAGCAGCUUGUAGUCCAGGAGAGGUUGAGAGCGGACCAACAGAGGACGUACAAGGAGAAUGUCAACCAGCUGAUGGAGAGGAUGGACAGAGACAGUAGAAAUGCCAUAGCAGAGCAUGACAGAGUUCUGCAGGCCGGAAUCAGGGUAAGAACCACAAAUAAAAACUUUGAGAAGAACACUUUAAAACUAUAGUAACUGUAGAAAUAAUAUAAACUGUGUGUCUGUCUGUGAUGUGUACACUGCAUUUGUCAGGCGUACACUGUGUAUGUGAUUUACUGUAUAUACAGUAUGUGUCUGUGACAAACUGUGUUUAUCAUUUCAGGAGCAGAAGGACCUUCUCCAGCAAGGGUUCGAUGACAGAGCACACCAAAUGCAAAGAGAGAUAGAUGCUCUUAAGGGAGCGAAGGCACAAGAGGAAGAGAAUAGGCCUUCAUUUAUGAGCAAGGCUCUGGAUACUGUUGGGGAUGCCACUAUGUUGGUUCUCCCGGUAAUAAUUCCCAAAGUAGGAGGAAUGGCCUUAAAAUGGCUGUCAAAGUUGUUCUGA